AUUUUGGAUCUCAUCGAAUAUAACUAGGUAAAUAACCUAGGGUAACCACACGUUCGUUCGGUGGUAACAUUGAUCGCAGAAAAAUUCGGGUGGAGCGAAUCAAGUAGAAGAAAGACAAGUUGAUACGAGUGAAGAUAUCGGGUAAAGAAGUGACGUUACUUGUGAAAGAUACAAUGAUAAUCUGGAUCGAAAGGAUUAUCGCCCUUUAGUAUUAGCUUACCGAUCCCUUAAUACGAUUGACAAUACUUUGAGAAAAUAAGGGAAAAACUCUGAAAGAGCGCGGAAUUUCCCGCGAAAAUGAGCCUAAACAUAACCAAGUUUUUUUCAAAAAAGAGAAGUUGCAAUGUGGAAACAGUUGCGGAAAUAGGCUUGCCUACGAACGUCUCCCAUCAAUUUCACGUUAGUAAAAAUGCUGAAACUGGUCAGUUGGAGGGCCUACCGCUUCCUUGGAUACGAUUUCUCAACACGCAAAUAUCGAAGUCUGAACAAGACGAACAUCCUGCGGCAGCACUUCAAGCGAUCAAGUUUUACAACUACUCCAUUAAGCGUAAACCACAGGAGAAAGUGUUUAAAGCACUUGUCACCGAGAAUCUUAUAGAGGAAGAAUCGGAAGAAAUCGAUAAGAUCUUGAGUAAGAAAUAUCAGUCGGGGGACUCGGAUAGUUCCAAUUCUGCUAGCUCUACCGAUAGUCAAGUACGACCUUUGCCUGAACUUCCACCUAAAGUCAAUAAAGUGCCAAAGCCAGCAUCAAAAAAUAUCAUAGAUAGAAACGAUAGGAUUGAAAAGACGUUGACAGAAAUUCUUGAAGAUCUUAAAGUUUACAAUAUUGAGGAUGAUAGUUUACUUCAAGAAGAAAUAGAGAAGGAGGAGGAAGAACAAGAUUAUAAAAUAAAAGCGGAAGAAAGUCCUGUGUUACGUAGAAAAACAGAUUAUAAUUGUGUGAAACUCAGUGACCAAGAGAUAUUCGACGAACUUAGAUCUAUUUGUCAAAAAGAUAAUCCUACUCUUAAAUUUGACAGAAGUAAGGAAGUCGGUGCUGGUGCUUCCGGUACCGUAUUCGUAGCAAUGGAUCUUGAAAGUAAUCAGAAAGUAGCUAUAAAGGAUAUUGACUUAUCUAAGCAACCAAAAAAAGAACUGAUAUUAACUGAAAUCAAAGUUCUUAAAGAAUUUCAACAUCCUAAUUUAGUUAAUUUCUUAGAUGCAUAUCUUCUAGAUUAUCAUUUAUGGGUAGUCAUGGAAUUAUUAGAAGGGGGACCUCUUACGGACGUUGUUACCGAGACUGUUAUGAAGGAGGCACAAAUAGCCGCCGUUUGUAGAGAGGUUUUGAAAGCAAUAAGUUUUCUACAUAAGAGGGGUAUCAUACAUCGAGAUAUAAAGUCAGAUAAUGUGCUUCUGGGCAUGAAUGGAGCUGUGAAAGUAACAGAUUUUGGUUUUUGUGCCAAUAUUAAUGGUGAUGAAAAGAGACAAACUAUGGUGGGUUCUCCUUAUUGGAUGGCACCAGAAGUAGUGACAAGAAAACAGUAUGGAAAGAAAGUCGACAUUUGGUCUCUUGGCAUAAUGGCUAUAGAGAUGAUCGAAGGUGAGCCACCUUAUAUGAAAGAAACGGCACUAAGAGCAUUAUACUUAAUUGCUGCUAUUGGGAAACCUUCCAUUCCAAGAUGGGAAUCGCUUAGUCCUACAUUUCAGAACUUUUUAGAAAGGUGCCUUGCUGUGGAAGUGGAUGAAAGAGCAACCGCAGAUGAGUUGCUUUCUCAUCCAUUCUUAGAUAAUUGUGCAGAAUUAACUACAUUAACGCCAUUGAUACAAGCUGCGCAAAGAAUUCUCCAUAAAGUGUAUAAUUGAAUAAUUGGACCACAACUAAUAUUUUUAUAAUUUCGAGUUAAGCACAAUGUUGCUUCUAAUUAUUUUAACAAAUGAUUUUCAUAGGCACUAGAAUAUAAAAAAUUUUUUUUCUUAAUGGGAACAUUAAAAAAUUAUUAAUGCAAAAAUUGUUUACCAUUGACAGUCUUAUAUAUAUAUAUAUAUAUAUAUAUAUAUAUAUAUAUAUAUAUCGUUUUAAAUCUGGCUUUAUAGAAAAAAUGAUAAUACGAAAAACAGUAUUAUGGAUGUCAAUAAAAUCCAGCAUUUGGAUUUAAGAGUGAUGAAAUGUGGAAUGCAAUAGGAGUACAUGAAUUUUAAUAACAAAUAUUUUAUACUUUAUAAUGUUUAUAAUGUAUUAUUGUCUUUUCUUUUGAAAAAUGUUAUUUACAAACAUGAGACUAUGAAGUUUCUUUUAUGUGCAAUAUACACAUGUGCAUAUACAUAUAUGGUGUGGCGACAUAGUAUUUUAUCAAUUAUAAUGUAUUCUUUAAUUUAGAUAUAAAUAUAUUACAUACAUAACCUGCCAUUUAAAGAAAAGAGAGAAAAAAGGAAAGA